AAUGGGCAAAUUCAGGGGCUGAGUUGGAUGGCCUUUCAUGACUGUAUGAUGGGAACACUUGCACAGUACUCCUAUCGAAAUAAUGGGCAAUAUAUCCUUCGCCCGCUAAAUGCGAGUACUUUAGCGACUCCCAUUGUCAUAGCGCCUCAAUCUGUCCAAUCGUUGCGCGUUCAUGUACACGAGUUUUUAUGUCGAGAACUAUUACCCGUGCCAAGGUCUCGUAUCAUACUCGCCCGCAGUCGCGCCGAGAGCGCUCCGGCGGCACUCUCUUCCAGAGAAGUGCCCGGCUUCACGCAGCGCGGGAAGUCGCUGCGGGAAGUACCGGGUCGAGUAUGAUACGAGACCUUUGGCACGGGUAUCAGGAUCUGUUCCUACGAUGUCUACCACAAACGUCGCCCUCACUUCAUCAACAAGUCAAACAACGAUGGAAAGCGAUUCAUCUCAGCAGAGUCAAACCACUGGAAACAUACAGGAAGAAUCCACUACAAGUUCUAUGAGUCAGUCUGGUUUGUAUGAGACGGCAAAUGAGUACGUAUGUGAUUGUGCUCAUUCCCUCUUUCUAGUAGGAAGUCCCCAAACAACAACCAGAUUGCAAAUAGGUUAUCUUUCUAAAGAAGAAGAAGAAGAGGCAUGGGAAAUGGACGAUUCAUCGCAAAAACAGUUAUCCAUUUGCUAUCUCUCACCAACAGAGGAGUCGGAUGCUUGGGAUACAAUACCGUCAAACAUUGAAAGGAUAGAAAAUUAAGGAUAUAAAUGGCGUUUCAGCGACUAAAUUGGUUUUUAGCUCUCUCGAUAAACUUGUUUCUGAAAUCUGCAAAAAACUUUUAUGUUUCUGCAAGAGCGAAGGUUGUAGUGUACACCGAGAUACUUUGACGCCUUUUGCGGGGAAAGAAAGUUAUCUAUUCUAGAGUGUUGCAUGUUCCGGAGCGUUCUCCGGAACAGAACGAGUCCCUGAUGUUUUCAGUUAGAAGAAUGCCCCGUCUACAGCUAUCAAAAUAUUUCGCAAGGUCCGGGUGACGGAUAGCCGAGAAUGUCCUCGUUGGCUUCGACUUGCCACUUUUGCGGGUGCGUAUCCUUGAUUUUGCUCAUGUGGUUGACUCCCUGAAUC